AAAGAGAGAGAGGGACAGAGCGUUCUACUUCUCAUAGAUGAGCAGCUGCUAGGCAGGACUGUCUUGAAAGCAGAGAGACAGUGAGAGAGACCAUUUGGUGCCUGAAUGUGAGCGAGCGAGCGAGGGAGAGAGAGAGAGAGACGCACACACUCAGCGUGAGCCUGUGGUUUAAGCAGACACUAGCCGUGCGUUUAGGGAAACCCACAGUCUCAGCUCCCUGGGAUAACGGAGUGUUGUUCCUGGCCCUGCUCUUUUUUCCCCCUUUUUAUUCUGUUUUGUUUUAUUCCCUCCAUCCAUUCUCUUCUUCCUUUUGCCUGCGGAGAUUGCUGGACCGCUGCUACCUCCCUGAAACACGCCGAGCCGAGAGAGAGAGGCUAGCGCGAUACCUAGGUGAUGCUGUACCGGCAUCCGUCGCAGCCGGCUGGGUGCGGAAGAAGAAAGAGCGAGGGAUUGGAGGAGAGAGGGAAAGGGGUGUUCUACUUUCUCAACCCCACGAUCGGUCAACUGGGGCUCGUCCUCUUUCACUGCAGCACAUGGCAGACCAUUCACACACACUGGCACACUGGUAGCGGAGGCUGAUGCUGUGAUACUGCAGGAGAAAACUACAGGCUCUCAUUUGAUGCAGUGAAGUGCUCCGUGAGGACAAUCGCAAGCAAAGGUUUGCCGGCCAUGGGGAACCUCAUUAAGGUCCUUGGCAAGGAUUUAGAGAACUGUCCUCAUUUUUUCCUGGAUUUUGAAAGGGGAUCAUGGGAAAUCUCCUGAAACUGCUGGCUUGCACCGAGUUUGAGCAUGGCCCAAUAGUUUUCCUUGACUUUGAACAUGCUCAGCCCACAGAGGCAGAGACAGCCGUGUGGAAUCAGGUUAGUGCCGUGCUGGAAGAAGCCCAUGGGAUACUGGCGGAGUUACAGUCUUACAAUGGAGCAGGACAAGAAAUAAGAGAGGCGAUCCAGAACCCCAAUGACCUCCAGUUGCAGGAGAAAGCCUGGAAUGCAGUCUGCCCCCUAGUGGCCAAGCUCAAGAGAUUCUACGAAUUUUCUCUCAGGCUAGAGAACGCCCUGCGCAGUCUUUUGGAGGCCCUCACUAGCCCACCUUACGCUCCCAUGCAGCAUCUGGAGCGAGAGCAGGCCCUCGCCAAACAGUUCGCAGAGAUCCUACACUUCACUCUCAGCUUUGAUGAGCUCAAGAUGACAAAUCCAGCCAUACAGAAUGACUUUAGUUACUAUAGGAGGACCAUCAGCAGGAAUCGGCUGAACAACCAGCAGUUAGAAGCUGAGAAUGAAGUGAAUAAUGAAAUGGCCAAUCGGAUGUCGCUCUUCUACGCCGAAGCCACGCCCAUGCUCAAAACUCUGAGCAACGCCACGACUAAGUUUGUGUCGGAGAACAAGACUUUGCCAAUUGAGGACACCACAGAUUGCCUGAGCACUAUGGCCUGCGUGUGCCGUGUCAUGUUGGAGACUCCGGAGUACCGGUGCCGUUUUACUAACACAGACACCAUGCUGUUCUGCAUGCGCGUGAUGGUGGGCGUCAUCAUCCUUUAUGACCAUGUUCAUCCAGUGGGUGCCUUUGCCAAGACCUCCAAGAUUGACAUGAAGGGCUGCAUCAAGGUGUUGAAAGAGCAGCCUUCGAACAGCGUGGAGGGACUGUUGAAUGCACUGAGGUACACAACAAGACAUUUAAAUGAUGACAGCACCUCUAAACAAAUCAGGGCCCUGCUUCAAUGAGAGCGAGAAAGAGCGAGCGCAGAGAAAGAGACUGACUGUCAGAGAACAAACGACGACGGCUGGCAAACCCCUGAAGCCUGUUUGUUUACAAGAGCAAAAUGCAACUUGAUCUCAAAUUAAAUAAGAUAUUCUAGAAAAGAGAUAGGAAUAUGAAAAUAAAUAUAUAUAUAGAGAGAGAGAGAUUGUUGAUGGUUCAUCAUCGUGUGUCAUUUUCUAAAAGCAGGAAAAAUAGAGAUAUAUAUAGAUGUAUAUUCAAAUUCAAAAUGCAAACAGAACUACCCGAUACAAAUAUAAAGGUCUUACAAAAACAUAUUAAACUGAAUUCAAAUGUGAUCAUUAAAACCACCAACAAAAUGGUUCAUAUUCCAAGUUACGUCUCAAAGUAUUUUUGCACACUUGAAAAGGAGUCCCACUUCACAGGAAAGACUUUAACGUGGCUCGAAACAGUGUAUAGCUCAGAUCCAUUGUCAUACGUUUAGACUCGAUUUGAUUUGUAACGCCUUUGCCUCAUUAUCCUCUAUACGCUCCAUCCAGUGCAUUCUGGGAAUCGUGGGUUUCCUGGUAAAACUGCAGUCCAUGGCAUUUCCUCUUUGGCACAAAGUCUGUUACAGAAUAAAUGUAAAGAUCACAUACUUGAGCUCUCUCAAACGCAUACUAUAACCAUCUAGCUGUAUAUAUUCGGAAAGCACAGGAUAGUUUUGUAUAGAAAUGAAGCGUUUUGUUAGACUUCUUCACUAGUGCUGUACAGCAAUACUCUACCGAGGCGACAACUGCGAACACGAUCGUUUGAAAUGCCUUCAUACCAAUGUAAGAGACACGGGAUAAUGCUAAGAGCUCGUCUGUGGAGGUUAAAGGCAAGUUGUACAUAUCAUGAGACGAACAAUCUUUUAAAUAGCUUCUCUUUUUUUGGCUCUUAUAAAGUUUGGAUGCUAAAUGGAGCAAGUAAGCCAUGAAACUGUAAUUCAGACGCAAACACACAUUCUGCCCUGUGCCAUAGCUGCUUCUCGUACCCCUGCGUCUCAUUCAGAGUCCACAUAUUACAAACAUCAUCUGUAGAAAGUGAGGAACUAAUAAACCAAAUCACACCAUUGUGAACGACAACACAGCGAUGUGGAUUUGCUUUCCUCUGUAUCCAAAAGUAAAAGCGAUGCAUUGCCUGCAAGCAAAUCAUUGCCAAAUGAGACUGCGACAUUGCCUAGAAUAAAUAGAAGUGAUCUGCCGAGUGAUUCGUUUAGUCAUGAACACAAUCUAAAUCUUGAGAUACAUUAUAUACACUCAGACUUGAAGUUGCAAAACACUUGGUGUAAAUAAGAGGAGUUUUUGAGGCCUAAACAAAUGUUCAGUAGAGAUUCUUUCUGUUAGAAUUACAGAAUUAAAAA